GUGCCAUCCUUGUCUUUCACUAUCUCCUCAUAUCUUUGAAGUCUGAACCUCGCUUGAUCGUGACUCCAGACUAGAAGCGACGACGUUAGCCCAGAGCCCAUCACCACAGCAAUCUUUACUAUCGUCACAUGUAGAUUGGUCUCGCAGUUCCGUAACCAGAAGACGCCUGCAACGGCGAGCGCGGACCAGCUGUUGUGGCAAUUGGCCACCCCUCUUCUCCACCAUGUUCAGUAGCGUCCAGGGCGGCUGCCUUAGCAACUUCGUUGAGCAGGAUGGUUGCGCGCGGACAGUCAUCGUGCUCCUGCUACUGACGACCGUCGGCUGCAUUAGCUACACUUGGGGAUAUUACGAGGGUAUUGCGAAUGCCCAGAGCAAUCUGAUGUUGGAUAAGCUGCACGAACUUCAGCUGGCGCAGAUGGCAUCCGCGGCCAGGGGCAACGGGACGCACCAGGCCAAGCGGCAUGCUGGGGGGCACGGGAGACUGCUGGAGAUGGACCCAACGAGCCCGGGCCUGCAGCUAGAGGAUAGUGAGGCUUCCAGCGUGAGCCCGGUGGGCGUUCGUGAUGAGUCUGUUAUGGCGGCCGCGGAGCUUGAGGACGCAGCGCCACACCGUUCCAACAAGGUGCACGCGGAGGCUGCAGCAGACGCACAGCUCAGAGGGACAGGCAAGGCGGCAUCUAGCAAGCGGAUAUCAGGAGGAGGCGGACGCAAAGAGCGGGCUGGGGAGAGGGGGCGCGGGGCAUCCAACCGUGUAGAGCACGAGGGCACGAGGUAGGGCUAGCGUGUUCCACAGCAGGGGCAGGUAGUUUGACAUGGAAGCGCAGGUUACUUUAUUUUUUACGUGCGGAUACACGCCUGACGGUUGUCAGCGUGCGAAGCUGCGAAACAGGCUGUGGUGACUGCUGGCACGACCGCAAGGUAGAGUUAGGAGUGAUACAACCAAGGUAGUUCCAAUAGAUAUGUGGGGUUCCUGCAGACACGUCGGGCAGAGACAGUUUGUGCGCAGAUGGCAGUUGCUUACAACGGCUGCGAGCAUCUAAUACCGCAAGAGAGA